UGUAUGGUUAAGUAUGGUUCUGCCAGCAGCUGUUAGCUUAGUUUAGCACAAUUACUGGAAACUGUGGGAAACUGCUAGCCUGGUUCGAUCUAAAAGGCCAUUUAGCAUGCCAAACCUCAUCCCUCCUAAGAUCCCAGAUGGAGAGAAGGUGGAUUUUGAUGAUAUACAUCGUAAAAGGAUGGAGAAGGACCUGAUGGAGCUUCAGACUUUGAUUGAGGCUCACUUUGAGAGCAGGAAGAAGGAAGAAGAGGAGCUCAUUAAUCUCACGGAUAGGAUUGAGAAGCGGCGUUCUGAGCGAGCAGAGCAGCAAAGAAUCCGCAGCGAGAGAGAGAAAGAGCGACAGAAGCGUCUCGAGGAUGAGAGAACUCGUAAGGAGGAGGAGGAGGCCAAGAAGAGAGCAGAGGACGACGCUAAGAAGAAGAAAACCCUCACCAGCCUCCACUUUGGAGGAUACAUGCAGAAGUUGACAGAAAAACGCAGUGGCAAGAGGCAGACUGAGAGGGAGAAGAAGAAGAAGAUCCUGAGCGAUAGACGCAAAUGUCUGGACAUUGAGCACUUGAGCCAGGACAGACUCAAGGAGAAGGCUAAAGAGCUGUGGGAGUGGAUGAAUGAGCUGGAGGCAGAGAAGUUUGAACUGCAGUACCAGCUCAACACACAGAAAUAUGAGAUUAAUGUGCUGAGGAACCGCGUCAGUGACCAUCAGAAAACAUCAAAGAGGAGCAAGAGAGGCCUGAGGAAAUAACUGCAGACUGAUUGAGGAGUAUAACCCUCAGCACCAUCCAGCAGACACCACCUCAAACCAAGCCCUGGCUUUCCUGCCACACCCCAGUCAUCACCUCCACUACAAAUUAUAUCCAGUACACCAGCUCCAUCUCACUCUGUUAUUUUUCUCUUAUACUUUACAUUUUUAGAUCAUCUGUGUUUAAGGGUGUAAAUAAAACUUAGGUCAUUCUUGGUCUUUCAGUCUUUUGAGCGUGGGUGCAUGAGUUUCACUGAGUCAAAUCACAUUCAAGACAUGAAUGCAGAAGGCCUUAAGCAAAGACAGGAAG